UUCGCUCUACCUCUACUUCAUAUUUACAGGCUGUGUCUCUAUGAAGUAAAUUUAAUAUCUAAUGGACUUAAGAGACUUUAUGAAAAGGUUUGCAGUGCAGAUUUAAAAAAGCUGAAAAAGAAUCAGUUUAUUUGGACCUAUCUCUGAUUAAUAUGAUGGAGGAUUUCUCUGGAUUGGCUCUGCCCCCUCUUUUUGGAGGACACAUUCUGGAGGCAGAGCUGGAGCCUGGUGGUGUGGAGCUGGGACCAGGAGAGGUGGAGCUGGGCCCAGGCAGCAAUGAGCUGCUGGAGAGUACGGCACAAGAGGAUGAAGAGAAAAGAGCUCUUGAUAAGAGUAAAUAUCUGGCACUGAGCAGGAGAUGUAAAGAAAUUGAACAGGUGAAUCAGAAGAUUCUUGGUCGUCUUCAUCAAGUACAAAGAAUUACACGGCGCAUGAAGAAAGAGAGGCGGUUUCUCAUGAAGACUUUAGAUGCUCAUGGAGAUGACUACAGAAACGCCCAACUCACGAUACUUCUAGAGGAAGAAUCGGGAGCACAUUUAGAUCCUGCAGCUGGAGUCGAGGAUGACCAGCUCAACGGUUUGUCCUGUUCUGCUUCGUCUGCAUCUUUGCAUCAUGCUACUGGACCAAAGAAGCGGAGACAUCGAAUUCCACGACAAGACAAAGAUAAAGAUCAAGUAAACCUGAACCCGAGCUGUCAGUGUUGGCAGAGGCACAGUUUGGAGAAAUGCCCAGCCCAACCUCACUGUCUCACUGACGUCGCACUGCCCUGGAGGUGACAGUGAUAAAGGAGCACCCAGUUUCUUAGAUGCAACCUCCUCUGUUCAGCCAGGGUUUGCACUGUGUGCAAUUUUACUUGAAUGUUGUGAAAUGAUUGAAUGAACAUUAGGGACAUAUUUACAUUUUGUUGUAUCUCAUUUCAAAUUUUGUACUGACAACACAUAAUUAUGACCAGUGAUAAACUGUGCUUUUUCUCAACCAAACUCUUAAAAACAUGUUUUGCUUGUUUAUCUGGUAAUUAAUUAAGGAUAACAAACUUGUAUAAAUAAUUGCUUCAAGAUCAAUGAUUACAUGUUUUUUUUUUAAUGCCAGUACGAAGAGAAAACAAUGGUCAUCACUAAAGUAUUAUAGACUGUCUCUUUCUCUGACUGAUUUAUUCUUCUUCUUUCUUUUCUUUUUUUUACAAGGUUUCUAAUGUUUAUUUGCGAUUGCUAUUUAGAGAGAGAUGUUUUACUUUAUUUUCUCAGAAGUAUGUCAAGAACCAGAGGUUUCACAUUUUUCAAUAUUCACAUCUGCAUCAGUAAUUUGGACUUCAGCAACAGUGCACUGUAAGGCAUGCAGUUUUUUUUGUUUUUUUGUUUACAUGUUUUCAGUUCAGGCAGAAAUAUAAAGCAUUGCUCAGCUUUAUUGUCAACAUUAAUGAAUAAAAAAAACUGUCAGUUUCCAUUAAA